AGGAAUAAAAAGGAAAAAGUUCUCAGACUGCUGCAGACGAGUGAGAGAAUCAGAUCAGCCGUCACCAUGCCCGCGCCCAAGGCUAAAGAAAAACCUGCUGCGAAGCCUGUAGAAAAGCCAGCUCCUGUAGAGCAGAGAGCUCAAGAAGGUGAACCUGAUGAGAUGACUGAGCUGACUGGACUGUUUCUAGAGAAGCCAACCGAUGCAGUCGUCAUUACAGGGUCAGAUGCAGUGUUUAUAGCUAAGGUGGAUUCCUCCACUAUGACCAGAAAACCGACAAUUAAGUGGUUGAAGGGGAAGUGGCUUGAUCUCAGCAGCAAAGCAGGAAAACACAUGCAGUUUAAAGAGACUUAUGACAGGAACACCAAGGUGUAUACCUAUGAGAUGAAGUUAGUGAAAGUGAAGCCAACGCAUGCAGGAAGUUACAGGUGUGAAGUGACAGCGAAAGAUAAAGGUGACAGCUGCAACUUUCAAAUCUCUGUGGAAGCUGCUGAUCAAGAUCAAUCUCAGGACAUUCUGUCUGCUUUCAAACGAGCUGAUGCGGGUGAAGAUGAAGGAGAGUUGGAUUUCAGUGCUCUGCUCAAAGCAACAAAAAAGCCUAAGAAGACCCAGCCAGAGAUUGAUGAGAAUGAGAUCUGGGAGAUGCUUAAGAAUGCUCAGCCGAGUGAAUAUGAGAAAAUUGCAUUUCAAUAUGGAAUCACAGACCUGAGAGGACUGCUGAAACGUCUAAAGAAGAUGAAACCCGUGCAGCAGAAACAUUGUGAAGCGUUUCUGAAGCGUUUGGAGGAGUGGUACUCUGUAAUGAAGGGGAAGAAGGUUGUUCUUCGUGUGGAGGUCGCAGAUCCCAAUGCUGAGGUCAAAUGGCUUCGAAAUGGCCAGGAGAUCAAACCUUCAGCCAAGUACAUUAUGGAGGCCAAUGGGAAUGUCCGCACUCUUACCAUAAAUAAGUGCACCCUGGCUGAUGAUGCAGCUUACGAAUGUGUGAUUGGAGAAGAUAAGUGUUUCACUGAGAUCUAUGUCAAAGAGCCACCAGUUACAAUCACAAAGCUGCUGGAUGACUAUCAGGUGGUGGUUGGAGAGAGGGUGGAGUUCGAAGUUGAGGUUUCAGAGGAAGGAGCACAAGUCAUCUGGUGCUAUGAGGAGCAGGAGUUGAGCCGUGAUGAUAAGAGUGUGCACUAUCGCUUUAAGAAGGAUGGGACUCGCCAUACGCUCAUCAUCCAGGAGGCAACGCUGGAGGAUACGGGAAUGUACCAUGCUUACACCACUGGAGGGCACACUAAAGGAGAGCUCAUUGUGGAGGAGAAGGAGUUGGAGAUCCUACAAAGUAUAGCUGAUCUCACAGUGAAGUCUGCAGAACAGGCCAUGUUUAAGUGUGAGGUCUCCGAUGAGAAAGUGACAGGAAAGUGGUUAAAAGAUGGAGCUGAAGUUGUGCCAAGUGAACGCAUCAAAAUCACACAUGUUGGCCGGAUCCACCGUCUCAUUAUAGAUGAUGUGAAGCCCAGUGAUGCUGGGGAUUAUACGUUUAUUCCUGAUGGAUAUGCUCUGUCCAUCUCAGCCAAACUCAACUUCCUGGAGAUCAAGAUUGACUACGUACCAAGGCAAGAUCCUCCUAAGAUCCACCUUGAUGUGUCGGGUAAUGUGGUUUCUCAGAACACGAUCAUCGUUGUCGCUGGCAACAAACUCCGCCUUGACGUGGAGAUCACAGGAGAACCGGCCCCUACUGUGUGCUGGAAGAAGGGAGACGAUCAAAUCUCAGCGACAGAAGGGCGGAUCCGAGUGGAGAGUAGAACUGGUCUGAGCUCGUUUGUCAUUGAAGGGGCGGAGCGAGACGAUGAAGGAAACUACAGCAUCACUGUGACAAAUCCAGUAGGAGAAGAUAAAGCCAAUCUGUUCGUCAAAAUAGUGGAUGUUCCUGAUCCUCCAGAGCAUGUGAAGUGUAUAGCAGUAGGAGAGGACUGUGCCUCUAUAAUCUGGGAGCCUCCUAAAUUUGAUGGAGGAGCUCCACUUAAGGGCUAUCUAAUGGAGAGGAAGAAGAAAGGAUCAUCUCGAUGGACGAAGCUGAACUUUGAUGUGUUUGAGGGCACAAAGUAUGAAGCGAAGAGAAUGAUUGAGGGAAUUCUGUAUGAGAUGAGAGUUUAUGCUGUUAAUGGUAUCGGCGUCUCAGCACCAAGUCUCAACUCCAAACCAUUCAUGCCAAUUGCCCCCACUAGUGAGCCGAAAAAGUUAACAGUGGAGGAUGUGACUGAUACCACCUGCUCUCUGAAGUGGUUAGCUCCAGAAAGAAUUGGUGCUGGUGGUUUGGAUGGAUAUGUCAUUGAGUUCUGCAAAGAGGGAGAUACUGAGUGGCAGGUGGCAAACACUGAACUGGUGGAGCGUCAAAACUAUGUGGUGAGGAAUUUGCCAACAGGAGAGAAGAUGAAUUUCCGUGUUGUAGCGGUGAACAUUGCAGGCCAAAGCCCUCCUGCUGUCCUCGCCCAGCCGGUCACCGUCAGGGAGAUCAUGGAGCAUCCUAAAAUCCGCCUUCCUCGCAAUCUGAGAACCAAAUAUAUCAAAAGAGUUGGAGAGACCAUCAACCUGGUUAUUCCCUUCCAGGGUAAACCUCGACCUGUGGCCACGUGGUUAAAGGAUGGAGAACCAAUAGAUGCAAAGAAAGUUGGAGUCAGAAACUCAAAUGUUGACUCAGUGCUGUUUAUUCGCUCAGCAGAAAGAGAACAUUCUGGAAAAUAUACACUAGUCCUGCAAAUCGAGGGCAUGGAGGACCGUGCCACCCUCGACAUCCGCAUUGUGGAUAAACCAGGACCACCUACAGCUGUGAAAGUGACAGAUGUUUGGGGAUUUAAUGCAGCACUGGAGUGGAAGCCACCUAAAGAUGAUGGAAACUGUGAGAUCACCGGGUACACCAUCCAGAAAGCUGACAUGAAAACCAAGGAGUGGUUCACGGUGUAUGAACACAACCGUCGCACUAACUGCACAGUGUCUGACCUGGUGAUGGGGAACCAGUUCAUGUUCCGUGUGUUCAGUGAGAACCUCUGUGGCCUGAGUGAGGACCCCUGUGUGAGCAAGGACACAGCCACCAUCCCCAAGACCGGUCUAGAGUUGAAGUAUACCCCAUAUAAAGAAAAAGACAUGACCAUUGCUCCAAAAUUUACAACCCCGUUGAUGAGCAGAUGUGUGGUUACGGGUUACAGUACUGCUAUCAGCUGCUCUGUGAAAGGAUUUCCAAAGCCUAAGAUCAUCUGGAUGAAGAAUAGGAUGAUUAUAGGUGAUGACCCGAAGUAUCUGAUGCAGAACAAUCAGGGAGUUUUAACACUGAACAUCCGGAAAAUGAGCAACUUCGAUGGAGGAAAAUACUCGUGCAUGGCUGUUAAUGAGCAUGGGCAAGAUGAGGUGGAGUGUACUAUUCAGGUUCGAGCUGUCACUGCCGAAAAAAAAGACUAAAGAUGGGUUGAUGAAAAAAUAUCAAUUUAUUUU